UUUCAGGUAUUUCCACGCCGUAUAUAUCAUAGGUUUAUGGUCAUCAUUAUUCAUUUACAUGAGUUAGUGGUGGAUUCGAGUCAGAGUAAAACAACUUUCAGUUUACAAGGCCAGGUACAGAUUGCCAUUUUCUUAAAACAAUAAUAUUCUUUUCGUUGAAAACAAAUGACGCCGACAGCAACAGCAGUUACAGUUCUGAGCACUUAGAGCUUUUUAAGAACCUUUCAAAAACCUUAGUUAAUUAACUGGGUGAGAGUAAUAGCCUUAGCUUUGAAGAACGUUUCUUCUACUACGUGUAUUCUCAGUUAUGAACACGGGGACUAAUUUACAGUCGGAGUUAAUACGGGGAAUCUUUUCACAUGCAAAUCUUCUUAAUAAAAGUCCUCUGUAUUAGCCUCGACUACAAGCUAGUUGCACUUGGUUACUGAGCAUACGGGAAUUGCUUGUUUUGAAUGUCAGAGAGAGAUUGCGGCAAAUGACAAACUUCAGAUUGCAGUCAAUAAUGUUUCUAGCUGAGAAAUAAGCAGAUGAAACAAAAUAAACCUUGUGGACGCAGUUGGCGUAAGACGACUCAAUUUUGUGCAGUCAGUAGACUAAGUUAAUGACAAGUAAAGAAAGAAUGUGGUCACGUGGUACAAUUGACAUUUACUGCUUGCCGUACACGCGCUCCGCCGACUAAAGUGCUUGAGCAAAAGCUUCGUGUUUUUACUUGACUCGCUUUGCAAAGCGAUUUAAACAUCUAUAACAGGGUUGUAACAAAGUACGUGCACCAGCAGACCUUUUUAUUAUUGUUAUAACGUCAUAGGCUUGGAGUGCAGUUCAAGUAUUUAACGAAGGAUACGUUAUGGGCGGCUGUUAUCAGCUUCCUCUCUACGCUGGUGACCCACCCGAGGUAGGGUUUGUUGAUCAGUUCGAAAUUAUUUUAAUCAUUCUAAGGUCAUGGUCAUUCCUGAAGCAUCUUCGCUGAUUAAAAUCUUCUAGCUCAUGCAGCGCUUCCUUCGUUGUAUUUCAAUUUCAGGUGGUGGUUAAUUCUCUUCGAACCGAUAGCUGUGUCAAUGUCCUUGCUAGCUUUCGGCGAAGGAAAAUGGUAGGAUUUUAUUCUCAAGGUGCUUUUAUGUCCUGUCAUUGCAUAACACUGAAAUUUAUGUCCUAUAUUGCUCAGAAAUUAUUAGAUCUUGGAAAUUUCAGGAAAAGUGUGACAUUUCGCCAUAUUCGCUCUCUACCCAUAAACUUUCUCUCCAUGUUAAUUUCUGAAGAUCAAAUACCUAGAGGGAAGUUCUAUUUUUGUACGAUUGGCAGACGCAAGGAGAAUGGAAGAACUUCCUGCGCCAAAGGUAGGAUAUGGUUAGAGCUUAUUAUCAUCAUCACAUCGUCGUCAUCAUCAUCGUCAUCAUCAUUGUCAUCGUCACCGUCAUCGUCAUCGCCAUCGUGAUCGUCACUAUUAUUAUUAUUAUUAUUAUCAUUAUCAUUAUCAUUAUCAUUAUCAUUAUCAUUAUCAUUAUCAUUAUCAUUAUCAUUAUCAUUAUCAUUAUCAUUAUCAUUAUCAUUAUCAUUAUCAUUAUCAUUAUCAUUAUCAUUGGCGUAGUUGAAACAACUCUAAAUAACGAUCUAAGCUAUGCUCAAUAGUACAGCCUUUACGAAGUUUGCAGAGUGUGGCGCUGGUCCACCGAGCGGAAUUGUGCUGUUCAGGGUAAGAAAGUGCUUAAUUCCCUCCAACUGAUUAUAAUGAGUUUUACACAACAGUAUAGCUCCUCUAAUUCUCUGUAGUGCUGCAAAUCACGUUUCUUUCUUGAAGGCCAUUUUCGGCUAAGAUAACAUAUUGGUUGGACAAACAAAUUGUCGUUGGACUAAAACUAUCAAGGACGCAUUGCCCCUCUUUAGCGAACAAAGGUAGACUGAUUCACUGCAACACUGUUAUCUCACUUAGACAGCAACUCACAAGCUUUUAAGGUUUAAUUAUUCAUCAGCAUAUUAUAACCUUGUCCCGAUCAUGUUUGGCCACAAUUGAAAAUUCGUAUUAUCCCGUUUUUGCAUUUGUAAUAUACACUGUUAACCUAAAGAACUGCUAUGUUGAAAAUGAAAUGAAACCUGAUUUCCUUUCUCUUAUUUCUCCUAUAUAGGUGAAAGCAAGGCAAGAUUAUCUCCCCAGAGAAAAAUUAGACAAGUAUCUUAACACAAACCCGUCCUCUUCUCUCAGCUCGCUGGUUCCUCGCGGAAUGACAGAAGAUGAACUCACCGCUGAAUUUACCAGAAAAUUUGAAAGUGUAGGUGUUUCUGUUAUAUUUCUU